AUGCCGACCCAUACGCCCUCCCCGCACCGCUUCCUAGCGCCAAAUCCGCCGUCCACGCAGAAGACCAAGAAACCACAAUCUGGCCUGCGCAAUGCCCUCGCUAUACAGACGCCGGCCUCUGCGAAGACCGCACACCCGAAGCCUGAAUUGCAGUUCAAGAAAUUGACUCCUGCAAAGCGCUUUGUCUUUGCGCCGCCUCGACAGACGCAAGAAGUCACCAAGGAGAGGCGCGAUGAGCCGCAAGAAGAUGCAUUCGCACACUCAACGCCCCUGCCAAAACUGCGGAGGAAGUUCGAAAGAGUGGAAAGCAUAGAAGAACCGUCUCAAUCGAGCCAGUCAGAACCGCAAGAUGAUCUGCACGGCGAAGAUGUCAUGCAGUCCAUCGAAGGCGGGGACACACAGCUCGGCCACUGGCAAGGGCAGGGAGGUGAUCAAGAAGAUGAGAUGCUCUUCGAGUCGGUCCAAACGAACAAACGUCGCCGCAUGUCCCCUGCUAGCUCUCCAUCGCUCCAACUACCACCUGAACCCUCCACACCAGCCCCCGUAUCCAAUGCGACUACGCACCGCUUCAAAGUCCCGCCGCCACGAACGCCUGCGCCCUUCCCUAGUAUCGCAGCGGUGACUUCCACACCUGCGAGUGCACCGCAACGUCCCCAUUUCAUACUCCCCGCGCUUCCCACCUCCCCACCGAAGCCUUCUCGACCGCUGCCUGAGAUAUUCUCUCCUUCACGAAAGACCGGCAAACACAUACCUAACGGUCUUGCUUCGACUGUCACGACAUGGAUGAUCGAGACGGCAAAUACAGGUUUCGCGGCACAAGAUAGGAGUGGUGCAGCCACGGGUCGUGACAGGGAAGACGGCGUGAAGCUGCGGAUACGCGUCUCGAGUCUGUCGAGAGGCGGGGGUCGAAGCCGUAGCGCAGAAGAAGUAGAGUGCUAUGCUGGGGGUGUAGUCUUUGCUCGCGGCGACACUGAUGCAGGUAGGUAUAAUGCUUCAAGAACAGAGAGUGUUGAUAGGGAACAUGCAGCGAAGAGGGUCUUGCUAGCCGGCCAAGGUGGUGCUAGAGGCUUGGGAGGUGUCCUCGUCAAGACUGGUAGUACAAUAGGCAUCCGGGCACCUAUGUGGGACGUUGACGUUGGCGAGGAGAGAUGGACUGUUGCUGUGGACUGGGUGCUACUGUGA